UAGAUCCUUUCAUCUCGGCGGAGCUUACUGACAACCAGCCGUCUGGUUUCCUAGGAAACAAAAUCUUGGCUAGAAAUAGUGAAUCAUUUCCAGGUCACUUUCAACAUGGAGAGUGGAGCAGGGAAGCAUUGGACUGAGGAGGAGGUUAAAGCCUUGUUAAGCGUCUGGUCAGAAAAAAAUAUCAGAAAGCAACUCCACGGCACCCUGAGGAAUAAAGGAAUAUUUAUCUACAUUGCUAAAAGGUUGCAGGAGUUAGGAGUUUGCAGGGAUUGGAAACAGUGCCGUGCAAAGUACAAAAAUCUCAAGUAUGAAUACAGAACGGUUAAAUAUGCCCACAACUCUGGGGAUGUCACUAAAACCAUGAAGUUUUUCCAUGAUCUGGAUUCCAUAUUGCGAUAUGAACCUGUCACACAAUUAACAGCAGAAGAAAACGGCAGGUGUUCUGCGACUGAGACGCAGCUGAACACAAGCCCCACAACAGACAGCACGCAAGGUGAAAUAUCAGUUUCUUUAGAAGAUGAUGAGGACGCUCCAGAAGAUCCACUACUUUUUAUGUCACAUGUCAGACCAAUUCAACUAGGUAAUCCAACGUCAGCAAUAGAAGCUUCCAAAACACCAGCUUUUAUUCCAACAGUAGCAAAUGAAGGAGGAAAACACUGGACUGUUAAUGAAGUCAGAGCUUUGAUACGCAUAUGGUCAGACAAAAAUAUCCAGCAACAACUGGAGGGGACAGUGAGAAAUAAAAGAAUUUUUGAACAGGUUGCUGCUAGACUUCAAAAGUUCGGAAUUGACAGGGACUGGAAGCAGUGCAGGACAAAAUAUAAAAAUCUGAAACAUGAAUACAAGAGUGUAAAAAGUGCCCAAGAUUCAGGGAGUACAAGUAAAAGCAUGAAAUUUUUUCAUGAACUGGAUGCUAUUCUGAGGCACAGCACCAUGGAACAUGCAAGUAAAUCAGAUAAUGAUGAAAGUGAGAGGCCUCCAGAAUGGAGACAAGCAAAAUCAGAAAAGGACUCCAUAGAAAUGCCUGGAGACACGGGUGAAGAGGACUCCGUUAGUAAUAUGUCAGAAGACCUACAGGUUGCAGAUACAAAGAAAGUUUCUGACUCAGAAAUCCUUGAAGAUGAGAGGGACUUUGCCAACUCCAUCCCAGCAGCUCAGGAAGCCACACAAAUAAAAAAGGAGACAAUUGACAUAGAUGAUGAUUCUAUAAGCACUACCUCAGAAGACAGAUCUUGUACACCCAUAGCAAAAAGGAUAGUCGAGACAGACAAUCACAUUCACUUGGAAGAAACACAAAAUCACUUUAAAGUUAUUACAGUUAAUGAUACUGGAGCAGGAAAACACUGGAGUGAUAAUGAAGUCAGAGCUCUGAUAAAUAUAUGGUCAGAUGAAAAGAUACAACAAAUGCUUGAAGGGGCCACAAGAAAUAAAGAAAUAUUUGAGGAAAUUGCCAGAAGGUUAAUGAAACGUGGCAUAGACAGAGACUGGAAACAAUGUCGCACAAAGUACAAGAACCUAAAGUAUGAAUACCGUGCACUGCAGAAGGAAUAUGAGCAUCUCGGUAAUCCCAGGAGAAAAAUGAGAUUUUAUGAUGAAGUUGACUGUAUCUUAAGAAGACAGCCUCUUGGUCCCUCCAGCUGGGGAUGUGAAAGUUCAAGCCUCCUAUCAGUUUCAGUGAGAGAUGCUACAGGAAAUACAGGAUCCUUUGGUAUCAAGAGAAAAACAUGGAAUGAUGAGGUGUCACCUGUUCCACUUAAGAAAAGUGCUUCUGAAAACACCAUACUUGACUUCCAAAAACUAUUAACAGAGAGAGUGCACACAGUAACAGAAGGCAAAAAGUUACUGUUAGAAAGGCUUUGUAAGCAGGAAGAAAUGCAAGACCUCAGCAGAACACAGCUGUAUGCUGAUCCAGCUGCCAUACAACAGGUGCCUGCUCCCGCUGCCGCAGCCAUGGCCCCCGCAGCAUCAGACCUGAAACUUGGUAAAAAAGUUAAUGAAGGUAAAACAAAAGAAGUGUACGAGCUGCCAGAUAUUCCGGGAUGUGUUCUCAUGCAGUCGAAAGACCAAAUAACAGCGGGAAAUGCAGCCAGGAAAGACCGAAUGGAAGGGAAGGCUGCCAUUUCUAAUACAACGACUAGCUGUGUGUUUCAGUUGCUUCAGGAAGCUGGAAUCAAAACAGCUUUUGUUAGGAAACAGAGUGACACAGCAUUCAUAGCCGCUCACUGUGAAAUGAUCCCAAUUGAAUGGGUGUGCAGAAGAAUUGCUACUGGCUCCUUCCUCAAAAGAAACCCUGGUGUUAAAGAAGGAUAUAAGUUUUACCCACCCAAAAUUGAGAUGUUUUACAAGGAUGAUGCUAAUAAUGAUCCACAGUGGUCUGAGGAGCAGCUAAUUGAAGCAAAAUUCUGUUUUGCUGGACUUACUAUUGGCCAGACUGAAGUGGAUAUUAUGGCUCGUUCUACUCAAGCUAUUUUUGAGAUCCUGGAAAAGUCAUGGCAGCCCCAAAACUGCACUCUGGUAGACCUGAAGAUUGAAUUUGGUGUUAAUAUUCUGACAAAAGAAAUUGUUCUUGCUGAUGUUAUUGAUAAUGAUUCUUGGAGAUUGUGGCCAUCGGGAGACAGAAGCCAGCAGAAGGACAAACAGUCCUACCGAGACCUGAAAGAAGUGACUCCUGAAGCACUGCAGAUGGUUAAGAGAAACUUUGAAUGGGUUGCAGAAAGAGUGGAGUUGCUUUUGAAGACAAAGAGUCAAGGUAGAGUUGUGGUGUUGAUGGGAUCCCCUUCGGACCUCAGUCACUGUGAAAAAAUCAAAAAGGCAUGUGCAACCUUUGGAAUUCCUUGUGAGUUAAGAGUGACCUCUGCUCACAAAGGGCCAGAUGAAACUCUAAGGAUCAAAGCAGAAUAUGAAGGAGAUGGAAUCCCAACAGUGUUUGUGGCAGUAGCUGGCAGAAGCAAUGGUUUGGGUCCGGUAAUGUCUGGUAACACUGCUUAUCCAGUUGUCAACUGUCCUCCGCUCUCAGCUGACUGGGGUGCUCAGGAUGUGUGGUCUUCUCUCAGACUACCCAGCGGUCUUGGCUGUCCUACUACUCUGUCACCUGAAGGAGCUGCCCAGUUUGCUGCCCAGAUAUUCGGCUUAAACAACCAUUUGGUGUGGGCCAAACUGCGAUCAAACAUGUUAAACACCUGGAUCUCCUUGAAGCAGGCUGACAAAAAGCUUCGAGAGUGCACCUUGUAAGUCAUACUAAGAAGUAACUAUUAUUAGUUACACAAAGAUAAUGGCGUGCAUAUUUGUUCAUACUAGAAUUUACAUUUGGUUGAGCUCCAAAGUCCUGCAUACAACAGCAUAUGAAGUCUAUUGUGUCCUCAUCCUUCCCUUGUGUAUUAUUUUAAUAUAACAACUUGGUAAAAGAUGGGGGAGUAGUAUUUUAGGUAUCACUUUCUGUUGCUCCAAAAUGGUGCUGGUUUGCUUUUUAGCGUAUACUGUUAACUACAGAUUAUGUCAAGAGAAUGAUUUGGUGUGAUCUAAAUAGAAUUCAACUAGUCUUCUGUGUUUCUGUAAUAUUCUUCCGUAGUAAUCAUGUAUGUCUUGAACCUUAUUAACUCAACUGGACUGCUAACUAAAGCCAAUGCUGAUGUGGUUCUGCUUGCAAUGAUGGUAUGCUUUCUUUAGCAAUAAAGUGGCAAAUAUGCUAUACUAAUAGGAAAGGGGGCUGGAAACAUGUUUUAAGAGACUGAGAAAAAAAAAAAACAAACCUUGCCUUAUCAUAAUGUAUUUACAUACAUGUUUUAGGUCUUUGGUUUUGUUGCCCCCCCUUUUUCUUGAUGUGUGUAUAUGUAUACCCCAUUUUUAUCUUCUGGAAUGAUGUGAAUAAAGUUGACACCAAUUCUCUUGUUCCUAACAAGCUAUAAAUACAAGUGGUUUGAGUGAGCUGUAACUAGGCUUGUUGCCUGUUUGCUGUAACUCUUGCCUAGUCCAGUGUUUGCCCUUUUAAAUACCAGGCAGAUGUCUGCCUUCACUAGGACCUCUGGGAUGUUGUCAGACUGUCUUCAUACACUUGUAUAAGUCUAGUUAUUAUAUGUCUCUAUUUUUUCAUUGUUUCUUUUGAAAUGUUGCUGAACUGAAGAGGGGAAUAAAUAAUAAAGCAACCAACUACUGGGGGGAAAUCUAAGCAUGACUGUCUUGUCUUUGCACACACCUAUCUUCUGAGUAGGUAUAAUUCUGACAAAUAUGCAAUUAGUCAAUAUAUGUAACAUUUAUGCUUUUACAAUUAGAAAUAAACUAUUGAAUUCAAA